CAAUUCUCCAAACAUGGGGCUUCUAUACUGUAAGUAUAGGUCUCAAAAUCUACGUACAUAUGGUCUUCUUUGGUUUACUGACAAUAUUUUGUAUCAUUUUGCAGGUGUAUUUUUAUCAUGUUUCGUUUCGCUUGCAAGAGGUCUUUAUGGUCCGCAAACUGAUGUGGUUCAACUGACAGCAAAUAAUUUUAGAUCGAUGGUUAUGGACAGUGAUAGUGUAUGGCUUGUAGAAUUCUUUGCUCCUUGGUACGUAUGAAAUAUUUAUUUUCAACGCUUCAGCUAAAAUUAAAAUCCAGUAAGGUACACUUGUACGUAACUGAGUGGAGAUUUUCAUAAUUCAAUAAAUCUGUGAUUUUGUAUACCUUAAAGAGCGUAAAUGCUUUCCGAGCAUAGCAUUUUAAAAUAGGAAAAUCUAAGGCUAGCUGUGAUGGUAUUUAUUUGAACAUCCUGGGACAGAGAAACGUGAUUUUUUUAAAUCUUUGCUUUAAUUGUUUAAAUUUAAGUGAUAAUGUGAGAACUUAAUUAUGUAGUGUAGAUUAAGUUGAUUUUUGUUUUCCAUUCUGUGUGCCGGAAAUAAGCAAAUCCUCCAGUUCGAAAUUUUAAAUGUAUUACAUCUUAUGACAAACAGAACAAAUUGUUUGAAAGUAUGACAACCAAUCAUUCUAUCAUGAAGUGUCCACAUUGCCCCUUUUCUGUGUUUAGUUGUGUGACAAAUCGACUGGAGAUUUCUCUUUUUUAUCUUAUCUCCCCCUUAGUAUGAAAGACCAAACUCUGAUCCCCCCCCCCACUUUUUGUUUUCAGUAACUUCAAAAACUUUCAGCUGAUGAAUCUAAAAUUUGAUGGUUAUUUUGAUAAAUCUUUCUUACAGACCUUGUCCCUACAGUUACCUCCUAGUGGGGGUGGUGGGGAGUUCUUCCAAGGGGGGGGGAAGGUGGGGAGUUUGAUAAAAAUGGGAUGCCACAGUUCUGCAAAAAUUCCAAAGAGGGGAGAAGAAUACCAAAGUCAGGGGUCUAACAAUAGGGAUUGAGCUGUUCACUUGGUAACUGAAUUAUGCUGUCCUUAUUUAGGUGUGGCCAUUGUAAAGCAUUAGCUCCAGAAUGGAUUAAAGCGGCAUCAGCACUGAAGGUAUGUGCAAGCUGUCUAGCUGAAGUCUGAGAGUUUUUUUGGAAUACUUGGAGGUCAAGGAGGGUCCUGAUAUCAACUAAAUUACAGGAUUUAUGUCCUUGAAAACUCCAUAAUAACCUCCCAAGGUUCCUGAUUUUGUUGAAAUGUUCCAGGCCCAGUUGUUCAAAGGCUGAUUAGCGCCAGCCCAAGGUAAAAUUUUAAUCUGGGUCUCUUUAAUCAAAAGCCUUUUGGGGGUAAUUUUCUGCUCUCUUUUUAGAGCUUCCAGUGAUCAUAUUCUGGACAGAAAAAAUCCGACUGAAUUUUCUUUCAAAGCUUUCUGAUCUGAAACCAGAUUUCACACUAAUCCUGGGUUAUCUUAAUUUGAAUGACCCGGCUCUACAUUUUACUCCAUGCAGUUGUUGGCCAUGCAGCUUUUGGUCUUAGUCAUAUUUCCAAAUGGUUGUCUUGGCAUCUCAGAUUUUAUCAUGCCCUACCCUUUCUCAAAAUAGUAUAUACAACACUUCAAGCAGCCAGAGACAAAACUGUCCAUCAAGUGUUUAAUUUCUAACCAUGUUUUAAUAUAACAAGAGCAAUAAAUUAAUUUUUUGGUAUCUGUGUGGUAUAUACUAAAACAGAUAUUCACCUCACUGUUAGUGGAAGUGGUAGAUAUUUACCUUGCUGCUUUGUGUCUCAGCAAAUAUAUACCACUUUUCACCUCCACUUUGGUGAUAGAUUGUUAAUUAUUCUGUUGUUAGGGUGCGGUUAAAGUUGGAGCUGUAGAUAUGGAUGAUCAACAAAAUCAACAAAUUGGAGGACAAUAUGGUAUCCGGGGAUUUCCAACAAUAAAGGUUUGUAACUUAAAGCCACAACAUGAUGGUGAUAGCAAGGAGGAUGUGCCAAAACAAAAGAUCUAAUGGGUAGAACAAUAGCGCAGCAUGUGUUUUUUAAAAUUUUGCACAAUUCUUUGCCGUCCUCUGCAAAUCAAUAUUGUGAAAUCACUCAAAUUGAUGCAGUCUGAGAACGGAAAGCCAGACAGCAAUUUACUGAAAUUUCCAGCCAUUUGCAAAAUUCUAACUUAAGAUUCUCAUUUUAAAUUGACAUCUUCCAAGGUGUUGCCAUCCUGACUGCUCCAGGUUCCAAAUGCUACUAGUCACACACUUGUAUGGUUGCAGUAAAAUCAACUUACAACUUUGAGGCUCAUCCUACCUGAGCAAUCAUUUGAGUUGGUGGAUUUUUAAAUUUUGUUUUGAAAACCUUGUCACGUUAGGCCAGAUCUUUGAGUUGAUUGAGUGUUGUUGUGUUUACUUUGAAAUUAAAGUAUUCUUUUUCUGUUGUUCUUUAUCUUUUCAGGUGUUUGGUGCUAACAAGAACUCUCCAACUGAUUAUAAUGGUUUGUUCAAAAUUAUGAUCAUUUGAUAAUUCUUGUUUUCUUGUGAUUUGAAGAUUGGCUGUUUGUGACUAGAACUCAUUUACUUUUCUUUGAAGGUGCCAGAACAGCUCAGAGUAUCAUUGAUUCUGGUCUCAGUGCUGUUAAAUCCAUGGUGAAUCAGCGACUUUCUGGAGGAGGGAGAUCUGGUUCUGGUAGAGGAGGAGGAGGAGGUGGAGGUGGAGGAAAACAGGUAUUUUAUUAACCCUUACAUCCUAUUAUCAGUAUGCAAUUUCUCCACACUAUUCUCAAUACAGUUCUUAAGGUGUGGACAAGUAGAAUUUGUAUAAUGGUCAGGAGCUUCUUAAUUGUUGAUCAUUUGUUGUGACCUUAUUAUGUAAUUCAAAGUUGAUAUUCACUCUUAUGGGUCAAACAGUCAUGAUCAUGAGAAUAAAGGAAUUGAUCACCAACCUAAGAAACUUUGAUUGGUAAGUAUCUUCUCCUUGUCAGUACCAAAGGAAAUGUGUAGAGGACAGUAUGGAGAAUAUGGAUUCUGAUCUAUGGGUGUAAAGGUUUAAAGAAGUCUCUCUUGCAGAGAGUCUGCUUAAUAUACUAUCUGUCAGUAACUUGAUAGAAGUAAAUCUCUAUGAAAUUAUUCUGCAGGGUAGCAAGGAGGAUGUAGUUGAACUAACUGAUGCCAACUUCGAGAGAGAAGUUCUCAACAGCAAAGACCUUGUUUUGGUUGAGUUCUUUGCACCUUGGUAAGUAAUCACAGAGGAUACUUUCUUGAUGUAAUUUGGAAUUCUUCUCAACAAAUAAAUUCUAGAAGCUUGAAGGCAGAAUUAGUGAUCUGAUCUUGGUUUUACUUCAGGUGUGGUCACUGUCAAAGGCUUGCUCCUGAAUGGGCAAAGGCAGCAUCAGAGCUGAAAGGCAAAGUGAAAGUAUGUGCUCUUGAUGCUACAGUUCAUACUGCCACUGCUGGGAGGUACCAAAUUCAAGGUUACCCAAGUAUCAAGGUCUUUGCAGCAGGUGUCAAAGAUUCCAACAGUGUGGAAAACUAUGAAGGAGGAAGAACAGCUUCAGACAUUGUACAGUUUGCACUGGAUAGGCUUGCUGAAUCCAUUGAGCCACCUGAGGUGCUUGAGAUUGUCAACAGCGAGGUUCUGAAAACUAACUGUGAGGAGAAGCCUAUCUGUGUUAUUUCUGUUCUGCCACACAUUUUGGAUUCUGGAGCCUCUGGAAGGAACAAGUAUCUGGACAUAUUAAAGUCGAUGGGUGAGAAGUACAAGAAGAAGCUGUGGGGUUGGAUCUGGACGGAGGCUGGGGCACAGGCAAAGCUUGAGGAUGCUGUUGGCUUGGGUGGCUUCGGGUACCCAGCAAUGGUAGCAGUUAAUGCUCGCAAAAUGAAAUAUGCUGUACUGAAAGGUCCUUUUGAUAACACAGGUAUUGAUGAGUUUCUUAGGGCUGUUUCAGUUGGUCGUGGUGCAACAGCAACCAUCAAGAGUGCAGGGCUUCCUACUGCAGAGGAAAUACAACCUUGGGAUGGCAAAGAUGGAGAACUACCAAUAGAAGAAGACAUUGAUUUAUCUGAUGUAGAUCUUGAUGAGGAAGAAGGAGUGAAAAAGGACGAGCUGUAAAUGUGUGGAUGCGUAAUACAGAACUGAUAUUUGUUGGAAAUCUCUGUGUAGUGCAGUUUCGGCAUCAGUUGUAACAUGCACAACUUGAGUCCAAGAAGAGAGCCUAGAUUUCCUAACAGUACAAAAGUUAUCCUGUAGCUUUUUAUCCCAAGUGGUUUUUCACAUCAAUAUUAGGAAGUUGUUCACUAAUAAAUUAAUGUUUGGUCAGC